AUGGUAUUCGUGAAUUGUGUAAUCGAAGAAAAUAUUCCUAUUGAGGCAUCAAUUAAUACGAGCGCCAAUGUAAAUUACAUUAGCCAAAAACAUAUUGGUGAAUUAGGAACUACAUAUCAUAGUGAAAGCAAUCAUAUUGAGAUUCCGGAUGCAUUCUAUCCCACAUUAGGAAAGGUCAAUCUGCAUAUUGGUUUUGAAAAUGGCAAGAAGUAUAAAAGCAUACCCACUGAAUUCAUAGUUGUUGGACCAGAUUGGCCAGACCAUUUUCCUGAUUUAACCUUGGGAGGUCCUUGGUUCCGAGAAAGUGGUGCAACUUUGGAUAUACGCAAUUCAAAACUAUUAUUAGAAGAUAAUUUUGCGAUCCCAUUCAAAGAAGUAAAUUACAUUUCGACAUUAUCUGAUAGUCAGAUCCGAGCUAUGACUGAUUUUCCCAACCCAACCAAUAGUCCGGAGCAGUGA